AUGUCAUCCCCCCGCGCUUCCUCCCCCGUCAACAGCCCGGGCAGCGCCCGCCCAUCGAGCCCAACACCUCCCGGUGGCCCCAAGACAGCGAUUAGACGCCGCGCGGCAGCGGACCAGAAGGAGAAGCUUGCGAGUGCGCGGCCGAGCUCGACCAGAGCGGCGGGUGCGGGCGGGAGUAGCAGUACGAUGUUGAGACUCUACACCGACGAAAGCCCGGGAUUGAAAGUCGACCCCGUGGUGGUAUUGGUUCUCUCUCUGGUUUUCAUCUUCAGCGUUGUGGCUCUGCAUAUCAUUGCGAAGAUCACACGCAAGUUCUCCAGCUAG